AGCAAUUUCGAAAUUUAAAACCCUGCCGGCGGCAUCGGAUACUCACCCCAACACACUUAUCCCCUUCUCGCUGGCUAGGGAGACCUCCGCCGCGGAGCCUUCUGUUGCUUCUACGAUCAACGCGGGGAAUUCAUGCGCAGGCGUGCGGUGGUGGACGAGCUGGCGGCGCUGGGGGCGGCCGUGCAUACCUGCUCCAGGAACGAGGCCGAGCUGGGCGAGCGCCUCAGGGAGUGGGAGGGCAGGGGGUUCCGCGUCACCGGCUCAGUCCGCGACGUCUCCGUCCGGGACCAGCCGGAACGCAUGCUCCGCGAGGUCGCCAGCCUCUACGGUGGCAAGCUCGACAUCCUUGUAAAACACUUCACAGCUUCUCUUCCCCCAUCUUCAAUUCAACUCCUUGCUUCCCCUCCUAGGUGA